AUGGCCGACGAAGCCAUCUUCUCCCACAGAUGCGCAGUCCCAGCUCCGCUCCGGAUUUCCCCAAAGCCCGCCAGCGACCCUGGUCACAGCCAUACACAACAAACCAGCCCGGACCCGAGGGCGACCCCCUGCCCCCUGCGCUCCAGGCUACCGGGUCAGCCAGUCUUCGACCCUGCCGAAGGAUUCAACCCCGAGAGCCUGCGGGCGACCAACAACAAGUGCAGCUGCCCAAAAAGCCCAGCCUCACCAAUCCCCCCCUCGCCGCUCUCGCCCAGGCAGAGCUUCCUCCUCGGCAGCAGCAGGCCCAGCUCCGCCAGCACCGCCAGCAGGGGCCCGUCGCUGGACUUUUCCUCGCUCUUCAUGAGGCGGACACUGCUCGGCCUUCUGGCUGUGUCGUGCCUGUUGGGUCUGACCGGAGCUACAGGAGAGACAGCAACAGUUCCGGUUACACAUCCUUCUAUUCAAAUUGAUACACUCAACGGGACCGUACGGGGAGGCCGGUGUCGCGAGACGGACGUGGACCAUUUCUUCUCAAUCCCUUAUGCAAAGCCCCCAGUAGGAGACCUUCGCUUUGCACCGCCGGUGUCCCAUACCGACGCCUACGAUGGGGUAUUGGAUGGUACCGUCGCCGCGCCCGCGUGCCCUCAGUUCGGCACAAGCUUCGUGGAAAAGGGCCCGCAGGACGAGGAUUGUUUGUUCGUCGAUGUUUGGAAACCAGCGGGUGCAACUCCAGCUUCCGGACUGCCGGUGAAGGUCUGGAUAUUCGGCGGGAGUGACGAGGCGGGCGGCAUCUCUAAUCCGACUUACGAUGGCUGCUACUCAGCAACAGAUUCGAUUGUGGUGUCCAUCAACUAUCGUGUAGGCCCUUUGGGCUUCCUUGCACUCCCGGACCUUGGCCUCUACGGCAACUUUGGCAUUAUGGAUCAGAUCUUGGCGUUGCGAUGGGUCCAAGAAAACAUUGCUAAUUUUGGUGGGGAUCCAAACAGGGUCCUACUGUUCGGGCAAUCGGCUGGUGCUUCUAAUGCAUUCGUUAUUGCAACAAUGGAAAAUGCCCCAAAACUCAUGAGAGCAGCGGCCUUGCAAUCUGGUGGUGGGCGCGACUACGCCACCGUUGCCCAGGCAGAGGCAUGGCAUCGCAGCUUUGCCGAACAGCUGGGUUGUAAAAAGAUCGACAUGUCUUGCUUGCGCUCUGCUCCUGUUCCCUCCCUCAAAAGAGCCCACCUGAGGAUGCCAAGCAGUUUAACCCCCGGUGCAAGCACUCUCCUGGAGCACAACGGAACAGGUCCAGGUUGGGGCCCGUUAGUAGAUGGGGGCCUCAUUCCUACCAAUCCAGGAGGCGCAGGUGUCCGCGUUCCGUCCAUAUUUGGCUCGAAUACCCAAGAGGGUAGCUUGUCUCUCUUGUCCAGAUAUGGGCCGCGAGUCACCAAGCUCAACCAGUCAACAUACAACGAAUUCCUCAUAUUCAAUUUCGGCCCGCUCGCCCCGGUUGUGAACCAGACAUACAGCCUGUCCAAAUUCGCGCGAACAGGAGUGCCGGGAUAUGCCGCAAUGAUGACAGUCCUGACAGCUUACUCCUACCGAUGUGCCGCGCACCGGGGACUGAAGGGAGCAGCCAGGAACGGCGUACCUGCUUGGACAUACAGCUUCGGCCAUACGCCCUCUUGUGCCUGGUAUCAUAUGAUCCCAGACGUGAAACCUAUCCUGCGGCUACUCGGACCUACUCACACAGCUGAGCUUCCCUUUGUGUUUAACUUGACAACAUAUAUGCCACCACCGGAUGGAAAAUGCCAUCUCAGUGGCCAGGAGAAGGAACUUGCGUCGACAAUGUCGACACUCUGGACGAAUAUGGCUGCGACGGGGAAUCCUGGGGACCAAAGUCGGUGGCCCGAAUGGAACAUGGGAGACAGUUACGGAGUGAACAUCAACGAUGGUCUGGACACCGGAGUAGUGGACUAUUCCAUGUGUGAGGCCUUCUGGGACCAAAUCAUGGAAGGUGUCAAGAGAAUCGCUCAACCCCCAACUGGCUUCGAAAAGCAGACACCAGAAGCUGAAGACUGGACUUCAAGAAUUCUUGUUGAAGAUGAGCUUUGA